CUCUUCUUCUUUUCACCCCUGUUCUUGAGCAUCUGAGAUUUUGGCGUGAGUAUACUCUGGUUUUUGUCUGCAAGUUUUGGGGCAGUAACUGCAAAUGGCGAUGGAAGGUUUUACAGGGAAGUUUGCACAAUGGGGUUUGGCGAAGAAGGGGAUAUAAGAAAAUCGUCAAUUUGCAUGCAAUUCUAGCUUGGAGGAAAUCAGAGAUUUUGACUUCACUAUAUCAUUGCAUCCAGGAAGUGAAAAAAAGGCAGGUCUUGUGAAGAACCACCGGAGUCUGGAGAUGGACUUCGGUAGAGGUCUUUCAAUUCCUGACGAGAGAAGGAAAGAUAUCCAGAUUCAGGGAUCCUGGAAGCCAGUGACACCGGCGGCGCAAAUUCCGACGAGAUUGCAACCGAUCCCGGCAGAGAGGCAAGGGAGUCAGAUAGGCAGGACGAAUUGGCUAGAAUCAAUGGGAUUCCCUGCUGGGUUCUGUCAAGAGACUCCUGCAAAUGGGGCAGCUGCAUGCGUUGAUUCCAUGGCGUCUCUCGCUCUGAACAGGAGGCUUAGUAAUUGGGAAUCGCCCAUGAACUUAGCCGGAAGUAGUAGAGUCUCUGGUUCACUUGUGGACUCCUCCCAUACUGAGGCUAUGAGGAACGUUACGGCUGGGCGAAAAAACAUUAAUUUAAUGGAACUCUUGGCUUGGACGAGUGGAGCUUCUGUGGCUUCUUCCAGUGCCAAUCUGCAAGGGAAUAAUCCUUUCUUCCCAGUCAUGUAUUCUGCAAACAAUUAUAACCAGAAUCAACCCGAUUCAGCAGGUAUGUUGCUUGCCAACCAAGAUCGCUCCCUCAACUGCGAAUUCUGGAAUAUGAGCAACUGCCAAUCUCAGCCUCUGAAUGGAUUUCCAGUUCAUCAUCACAGUUACGAUCUUAAUUCACUGCCCAACACAAUGGCUGACUGUGUCUCGAACGGGGCUAUGUCCAUACCAUUUGCACCAGUAACACCAGAUAAGGAGCAGAUAAUUCAGAACCAGCCUACUGAAAGAACAGAUUCAUCUGUAGGUGAAAGAUCGUAUAAGGAACAGGAUAAGCAGGAGGUUUUUGUUACUCCCAACAGGAAACCCUUGUCUUGCAUGAAUGAGGAGGUUGUUGAGGUUCAAAGUGAACUCUCACAUCCCCUGGAGGGCACAUCUUCUGUUGCCGCUUCAACCACAUUAAAGGAAAACCACAACCUUGAAAUGGCAGACGACAACAAUGGCAUUGAUCUGAACAAGACACCACAGCAAAAGCCUAGAAGGAAGAAGCACAGGCCCAAAGUCGUUGUAGAAGGCAAACCCAAAAGGACUCCAAAGGCAGCAGCUCCAAAGAGGGCAGGUGACAAUCAGAAUCCAACAGGGAAGAGGAAGUAUGUGAGGAAGAAAAACCUCAAAACCUCAGAAACUCCACCAGCAGAAGCUGUAGGGGAGUCAAUUGAACAAUCACCCAGUUUGACCGCGAAAUCAUGCAAGCGGGUGCUGAAUUUUGACUUGGAAGACCAAGGAAGAGAUGAACACCCCUACAAAUCACUCAAUAAUCAGGAGGGGUUUCUGCUCAACAGUGUCGAAAGCUCUUCUUCAAGGUGGAUAUUUAAUAUGAAUUCAGAAUCUCAGGUCCAGAACCUAAGCAAAACAGUUGAUGGUGGCUCUGGAAGCAAAUCAACUGUGCUGCUUGGCCAAGGCAUUGAAGUGAUGGUAGAAAACACCUCAGCCGGGAUUGAAUAUGACUGUAACUGUUCCUCGAACCAGGUGAUCAAAGACUACAAUUCCUUGCCUGAAACAACAGCCCCAGCUCCACAAUCCACAAAGAGAGACCCACCAAUAGAAAGCUCAAAUUGCCUCCCAAAUAACAGAAAUGAAAUGGAGAAACCACGUUCUAGCCUAAGCAAUGGCAAAAACAGUGAUCCUCUCAUCCAACAGCAUGCUCAAGCAGAGGGAAUCAGUCGCAUGGUCUUCCAAACAAGAACUACCCUUGACAACAACGAAAAAUCUGGACAAUCAUUAUUGCAGUGUGGCUCGCAAUCUCUGUCAAAAUGUCAAAAUGAUCCCAAUAGCAAUCUCCAUGUACCAUUUGUUGAGAACGAACAAGCAAGGGGAUCAAAAAGAGAAUACUCUCAUACAAUUGAUAAGACAGAUGCACAGACCAUGAAUAUGAGGGGAGUCCAACACAAUUCUUUGCAGGCUUACCAGGAGAUAUAUCAAGGGAGUGGUUACCAGAGAAACAAUCCUGGCGUAAGUAUUCCAGAAAUGUGCAAGAAAAGGAGGACUGAGAAGGCUCAAUAUACCACCACUCCUAGCAGUUCAUCUUCUAUAGCGGCAAACAGAAACGGUUGGGGACAAGAAUUGCAGAGUUACCACGGAGCAGCAGACGAUAUGCUUGGGACAAAGGGACCAAAGAAUGGAAUCAGUAAAUCUGGA